AUGCCCGGAAGGACAGACGAGACCAGCGCCGACGUGCCCAUGGAGGACGGCGCCCCUCCCUCUCACCAGCCCACGGCGGAGGAUGAGUUUGCCAACGAUGGGCAGCAGGGCGAGGAGGACGAGGAGGAAGAAGAGGAGCUUGAGCAGCGCCUCCCGGGUUCCACCGACACGGCGGCCUCGUUUGAGUUCAAGGCUGAGGGACACACCCUUGGCAACGCCCUGAGAUACAUCAUUAUGAAGAACCCCGAUGUUGAGUUCUGCGCCUACUCCAUUCCCCAUCCUUCCGAGGAUCUCAUGAAUAUCAGAAUCCAGACCUAUGAUGGCACUGCCGUAUCCGCGUUGUCAAAAGGCCUGAAGGAUCUGCAAGGGCUUUGCGACGUUAUGACUGAUGAGUUUACCCGGGAACGCGACUCUUUCGCCGUCGACAAGAUGGAGUCAUGA